GGAGCAGCAUCCAAUACCGGGGGGAAGCUCAUAAACACAGGCCCCGGGGCUGAUGCAAAAGCCUUCCUACCGAGCUUCUCUCCAGUCUCGGUGAAGAGCCGCUGGACCGCCCAAUUGCUACAUUGCUUAGGCUAUGAUUGCAAUUCCGCAGCUUACAGGAUGUUGAACCGGGAACGGGAGAGGGAGGAGAUGGUGGGCCCCGUUGCCAAAGGCAAUCCCGGAAAAGACAGAAGGAUGAGUUUAGGGUGGCCCGUGGUCCUAGAGCUGGAAGGGAAAGUAAAGGGACUUUAAGACUCCAACAGACGCUCUAACUCCAGCUGUGCCCCUAAGCUUUACUUCCCUCCAAGAUCCAGACCGUAGCCAGCUAGAGGGGAUGCGAACAGAAGCCAGGAAUAUGACUCACUGAUUAAAAAGGACGUUUCCAAGUACUUUGCACUUUUGGUUGUGUAUUAUGGAUACCAAGGAGGAGAAGAAGGAACAGAAGGAACGGAAACAGAGUUAUUUUGCUCGACUAAAAAAGAAAAAACAAGCCAAACAAAAUGCAGAGAACAUCUCAGCUACAGCCACAAGGAUUCAUUCCGGGAAAGAAGAAGCUAAUUCAGUCAUUUCAGAACAAGACAAGUCCAACAUUGCAGUGGAGGGGGAACAUAGCACUGAUGAGAAAAAGAAGAGAAAAAACAACCAGUUAAAAGAAAUCAGGCGCACGGAACUGAAGAGAUACUACACUAUUGAUGACAAUCAAAGCAAAACUCAUGAUAAAAAAGAGAAGAAGAUGGUGGUACAGAAGCCCCAUGGUACCAUGGAAUACACUGCCGGAAGCCAGGACACCCUCAACUCCAUUGCACUGAAGUUUAACAUCACUCCCAAUAAAUUAGUGGAACUGAAUAAACUCUUCACACACACUAUUGUUCCAGGCCAGGUCCUGUUUGUGCCAGAUGCCAACUUCCCUUCUAGUACCUUACGGCUCUCAUCAUCCACUCCUGGUGCUACCGUCUCUCCAUCAUCAUCAGAUGCAGAAUACGAUAAGCUGCCUGAUGCUGACCUAGCAAGAAAGGCCUUAAAACCCAUUGAGAGGGUCUUAUCGUCGACUUCUGAAGAAGAUGAGCCAGGUGUCGUGAAAUUUCUCAAAAUGAACUGUCGCUACUUCACAGAUGGAAAGGGUGUGGUUGGAGGUGUCAUGAUUGUCACUCCCAACAAUAUCAUGUUUGACCCUCAUAAGUCCGAUCCCUUGGUGAUCGAAAAUGGGUGUGAAGAGUAUGGCCUCAUCUGCCCCAUGGAAGAGGUGGUCUCCAUUGCCCUGUACAACGACAUUUCCCACAUGAAGAUCAAAGAUGCUCUGCCAUCUGACCUACCUCAGGAUCUUUGUCCUCUGUACAGGCCUGGAGAGUGGGAAGACCUGGCUUCAGAAAAAGAUAUCAAUCCAUUCAGUAAGUUCAAGUCGAUCAACAAGGAAAAACGACAACAGAGUGGAGAGAAAGCCCUCGCUUUAGAUCCCAAAUCAAUGGGCUCUCCUGAGGAGGCAACAGAAUGUACACAGAUGAAGGCCUCAGACAGCUCUGAGUCAUGGAAAUUAAAGAAACUGGAACCUUCCAGGGAGACAGCCAGUGAGUCUCCCUCCAUGACUCAGCUCAGCAAGGGACCUUCUGACACCCAUGCUGCCUUGGAAUCUACAGCCAAAGAAAACUGCCUUUUGGGAGAAGAUGAUGACUUUGUGGACUUGGAGGAACUUUCUUCUCAACCUGGGAGUGGGAUGGACAAAGGAGACGCCACAAAGGAAGACCUUUCCUGUGACCCAAAGAAGGGUGAGCCCCGAACUAUCCUGUCUGCCAAGGAAACGCAAGAGCGGUCGUCCCUGAACCUCACAGGAAUAGAGAGUGAUUCGGAACUGAAGGGGGCCCUAGAUUUAGAAACCUGUGAGAAGCAAGAUAAAGUGCCAGAAGUAGACAAACGGUCUGGAUCCCCAGAAAACCAGGUGGAGAGCACGCUGAACAUCCACGAAGACCUAGAUAAAGUUAAACUCAUUGAGUUUUACCUAACUAAAAACAAAGAAGGGCCACCGUUUUCUGAAAAUGUACAGAAGUCAGAGCUCACUGACAGCAAAAGUAUUGAGCCAGGAGGAAUAGACAUCACACUUAGUAGCUCUCUUCCCCAGGCAGGUGACUCCUCCCCACCUGAGGGCAACAAAGAGCCAAGUACCAUCUGGGUAAAAGAGAGAGAGAGCCUUCCCCUGAAACUGGACCCUAGUGCAGAAGACAAUGUAAUUAACAACAAAGAGGCUCUGGAGUCUUUGGAACCAUCUCUGGACAAGAACUGUCAAGGGGCACAAAUGGAUAAUAAAUCUGAGAUUCAGUUAUGGCUGUUAAAGAGAAUUCAGGUACCCAUUGAAGAUAUACUGCCCUCCAAAGAAGAAAAGAGCAAGACCCCGCCCAUGUUUCUGUGCAUCAAAGUGGGAAAGCCCAUGAGGAAAUCCUUUGCCAGUCACACCACCGCCAUGGUCCAGCAGUACGGCAAGAGAAGGAAGCAGCCAGAGUAUUGGUUUGCUGUUCCCCGCGAGAGGGUGGACCACUUGUAUACUUUCUUUGUUCAAUGGUCUCCGGAUGUCUAUGGGAAAGACGCCAAGGAACAAGGCUUUGUGGUGGUGGAGAAAGAAGAACUGAACAUGAUUGACAAUUUCUUCAGUGAGCCGACCACCAAGAGCUGGGAGAUUAUCACUGUCGAAGAGGCAAAACGCAGGAAGAGCACUUGCAGCUACUAUGAGGAGGAAGAGGAGGAGGAGGAAGAGGGACUGCCCAUCUUGCAACCCCACAGCGCGCUCCUGGAGAACAUGCACAUUGAGCAGCUGGCCCGACGCCUUCCAGCCAGGGUGCAAGGCUAUCCAUGGAGACUGGCUUACAGCACCUUAGAGCAUGGAACAAGCUUGAAAACCCUCUAUAGGAAAUCAGCAUCUCUAGAUAGUCCUGUUCUGCUGGUCAUCAAAGACAUGGAUAACCAGAUAUUUGGGGCAUAUGCAACUCAUCCCUUCAAGUUCAGUGACCACUAUUACGGCACGGGCGAAACUUUUCUCUACACCUUUAGCCCUAAUUUCAAGGUCUUUAAGUGGAGUGGAGAGAACUCCUAUUUUAUCAACGGAGACAUAAGUUCCUUAGAACUUGGUGGUGGAGGGGGCCGGUUUGGUCUGUGGCUAGAUGCCGACUUAUACCAUGGACGCAGCAACUCGUGCAGCACAUUUAAUAAUGAUAUUCUCUCCAAAAAAGAAGACUUCAUAGUUCAGGACCUAGAGGUAUGGACAUUUGAGUGACAUUUAGGCUGCCUUAAAAUAUGAUGUCAAAAAGACUGGGUUAGACUAGCCCUCUCACUGGAAGAAGACGAGCCCUAGCCCUGCCUGCCUCAUCUCACAGCAAGGCUUACUUUCUGCCAUCAUCCCAGAGCAUGAUAACAACGCAGAAAGAUUCUGAAAGGUACCCGCAGAGGGCCCAUGCUGAAGACAUCUUUCUGAAGACAGAAAUCUGAAGUCCAGAUUGUUAAAAAGACUUUGGGCUCCCACCGCUUUCAGACCCACGCCGUGAGAAAUCAGAGUGUUUAUAGAUGUAUGAGUUGAAUGCAAUUUUUAUUUUUGGUAACUGUGAAAAACAAAGAUACUGUGGAAAUAUAUACCUGCCUUGUGUAUUUAUCAACAUAAUUUACCAAAUGUAUAGUUAUUGUUUGCCAUGGAAAACUGAAUCUGAUUAGGGAAAUUGAAAGGACAUAGCACUUAAAGGGAAUAUCUGAUUUUUCAAGCUGUUUUUAUUUAUUGUUUCUAGUAUAUUGUCUGAAAUAUGUUGGCAUUUUUUUCUUUUAAUGUGUCAAAUCCUGAAAUAAAGAAAUGUGUACCUUUUGUGCUUAUAUUUGGGGAACAAGUCUCUUUUGAUUUAUGUAGUUGGAUACUCAUUUUUUUUUUUGCCCUGAUUAUUUAGGGUGAGAUAGUCUUAAUGUUUUAAGACUAUGUAUCUCUCUAUACAUGCAUUUUCCAAAGCUCAUUACCAAUGUUCAUUGAUCUGACUAUUAUAGACAAGCUUUUCGUUUAUUUUUUAAAGGACACUUUGAUACCCUAAGCAUUUGUGUGAAGCAGAACAUGGUAUCUCUCACAGUUGUAAGUUGGUGUCUAUCAAAACGGGAACCUUUAUGAACGUGGACGUACAACAAAUCCUACUUCUGAAAAGAGAAUGUUCUGCUUCUUAUGAAAUUGUGUAUUCAUAAUAGUAACUUAGUUUUUAGUUUUCUCUUUGUUUUUGUUUUUUUUUUUUUUAAUACAGGUUCCUUCCAGGUGUUUACAUGAAUGAGUAGCCCUCUGUUUUAAAGGGGAGUGUUUAAUUUCUCCAUUUUUAAUGUCAGAUGAAAAUGUCAAGUUGGACCAAUUUUCUUGGUUUCUCGAAUUCUAUUGGAGGAAAAACAAAACAGUGUAAAGAAUUGCAUUUAUAUCACAAUUGAAAGAAAAAAGAGAACUCUAUUUUUUAAAGUAGAAACUCAUUUUUCACAUCGUAAGACAUCUUUUAUUUUAAACAGUAAGAAAUAAAAUCAUUAACUUUGUUGAUUGCCACCCUUUUAUGAAAGCCAAAGACUACUAAUGGGAAUUUUUUUUUUCAAUAAUAGCCAAAGCUGAAAAGUAGUCUAUCACAAAUUAUUUCCCCACUCAUUAUUGAAAGGAAAAUUAGCAUACUGUGUUUACAUAUCUGUUUACGUUCAGGAUAUUUUCUUUAAGUUUUUCUUCAAUUUUAGACUCCUUGUAAGAAAAGAACACACCCAGUGGCCUCUGUCACAUCAUCAAUUGUUAUACUCACUGCCAUUCCGUGCUAGUUUAAUGAAUGCUAUAAAAUUUUAAAUCUGUAGACCAGAUACACACUUUUCACCGGCAUUCUCCCAUUGAGGACUCUUGGUUAAAAACACAUAAUUUGAACUUGGUCUGCUCAUACUCAUGAGUUGGUGAGAUCCCAGAAAUAUCUUGUGGUGAUUAUGCUCACCAUGGAUGCCAUUUGUAACCACAUGCUGUUAAUGAACAGGAUGGUCAGUUUGCCUAUAGAUCACUCUUACCUAGUUUAGUCCAUGACGCUAUACUCGUGAGAGCAUAAUCCAGAUGCUGUAUUCUCUAUUUAAAACAGUAUUGUCUGAACAGGAAUGUGUGGUCCUUCAUUAUGGAUAUCAACUACAUGUAAUGCAGUGCUAUUCCAAUAUUUUCAAUAAAGGAAUUUAUGCA